UAACAUUAGCAUUGGUUAUAAAGGCCGUGUAAAACGAGGAAACAAGUAGUUUGACGCCAUGGCAGCCGGUUUAAGCUUCUUUAAGCUCUCAUUCCUCCUCAGCCUCCUCUCCGGUGGAUCAGACCUAUUUGGUCCCGGAGCCGAAUCUGGACCUGCCCAAAUCGGGAAGUUCCCGCCGUCUUGUAACCGAAUCGAGUGCCCGAGCUACGACCUUGUUCACUCCGGAAAUGGAUAUGAGAUUCGCCGGUACAAUACCUCCGUCUGGGUUUCCACUAAACCGAUUCAAGACAUCUCUCUCGUCGAUGCUACCAGAACUGCUUUCUUCCAAUUGUUCGCAUACAUUCAGGGGAAGAACGAGUAUCAUCAGAAGAUAGAAAUGACUGCUCCGGUCAUCGCUCAAGUCGUGCCAAGCGAUGGUCCGUUUUGUGUAUCUUCCUUCGUUGUAUCUUUUUACGUUCCCAAAAAGAACCAGCCUGAUCCUGCCCCCGCCCAGAAUCUUCAUAUCCAGAAAUGGGAUCCUAGGUACGUGGCGGUCAGACAAUUCAGUGGUUUCGUCUCCGAUGACACCGUCGGAGAAGAAGCGGCGGCGCUGGACUCCAGCCUCAAAGGUACGGCCUGGGCUAAUGCAAUAGCCAAAAGCAGAAAAGAAGGUGGUGUCGGAUCGGAUUCAGCUUACACGGUGGCUCAGUAUAACUCACCUUUCGAGUUCACCGGUCGGGUCAAUGAGAUUUGGUUACCGUUUGAAAUGCACGUUUAAGCCUCAUUGUUUUGUGAGAAGGCUUUUCAAUAAAAUAAGAGGUUAAUCUGUAAAGGGUCAACCUUUUUUUU